AUGGCCACUAUCUGUGUAAAAGCCAGCGUCGGCCACCUUCGCGUCUACGAGCCGGCGGUACAAGACGACGGCGCCCCGCCGCCCAAGGAGCGAGAGCAGGACAGGUUGCGUCUCCUCCAGAAGAUCCAACAAGUCUACAAGGACGCCCUCUCACGGCUCACCGACAAGUGGGGCUGCGGCGCCAUGAUUCUAGAGCGCUUCCUCGGCGGAGGGAUCUGCCUUGGCCUCAUGGACACCCGUUCCAACAUCAUCGUUAAUACCCACCUCACCGGCGUAACUCGGCCCGUCAGCAGGGACGAGGUGCUGCUCGGGGUCGUCAAGGAAGCCAAGCUGAGGGACAUUGCGCGGCGCUCCCUUGACGGCCUCGUCGCCUUCCUCACCUGCUUCUUCCCCUACCUGGCUGACUGGGAAGCCAUCCGCUACCUGCUACUCGCCGAAGCCGACCCCCUUGUCGCCGCCCGCGUCAUCUCCCAGGAUCGCGGCCUCAAGACGUUUCGCUUAGCCUCCGACGGCCCCCUCAAGCUGGCCCUUAGGUGCGCCGCCAUCACCGCCAAGCACCCGCGGCCCAAGCUGCUUACCUUCAUUUGGACGUCGCUGCCCCUCAAGAGCAUGCUGUUGCUCACGGUGCAGCGAGCCCUCCCCCGUGACCGCAACCAAAUCUUCGGCAAGUUGUCCAAGGAAAUAGCUGCCGGCCCUCCUAGUCACCUGCUCAGGCCAUGGCCGGAGCUCACCGCCUGCGACAGGAAGGUCACAGAGGUGCCGUACCAGCACUCAACUUCACUGAGGCGAGUGCUCCUCGGCACCAUCCAUGGGUUCUACCUCAAGGCGCUCGCCAGGAUGCCCACCGGUGAGCUGCAGUCCCGCUUUCACCGCAGUCUGCUCAAGGCUGGUCAUUGCUAUGGCCCAUUCGACCCUGUCUCAAACAUCAUCCUUAACACUAUCUGGUAUGAAAAUUCCUUCCCACCACCGAUCCAGGAAGCUAAGCUGGACGCGGUUGGCACCUUGAGUCUGAUGCGGAUUGAGGCCCGAUCCUUCUACGGCCUCGUCUCUUGCCUCUGCACCCGUUACCCAGAGCUCACUAUGCAUCAAGCAUUGCGGUGCCUGCUCGACACAGAUCUCAACCUCGAACUCAGCCUUGAAGCUGCUAUGAGAAUGCAGGAACAACAAUCACAGUGCAGCAGUAUCCAAUCAGCCUACAGGGCUGCUGCCAUUGCCGCGUGGCAUCCCAAACCUGAUGCGCAAGUAGAAUUCCUCUGUUCAUGCAAAGAUAUUUUGGGCGUUUCUCGGCUGCUUGCUGGAGGCCAGCAGCUUCGCUCUCAAGAGGUCCAGCACCUUGCCAGGUUAUUGUGCCCUAAUUCCCCGGCUGGCACGCCACUCCAGCAGCCGCUAGUUGCCACACGGCGACUCAAUGACGUCAUGGCAGAAGGAAGGAAACAGCGCAGGGCUCUUAGAAGAAUCUCCAAGAAGAUCAAUGCUGCACUAAGGAGAUACGGAAGCCAGAACUCGCCUCAGUGUUAUCAGCUUCAUGUGAUUUGUGGUGCGAAUAAGUUUGUUUCUGGUCCUGAUUACUGUGAAGAAUCUGGUCCUGGUAUAUACCAUCGAACUCAUGCCAACUUUUUGGCGACUCAGCUUGUUGGCAGCAUAGCUUCAGCUCCAAUACUGUUCUUUGCUGAGCUUAGCAAUGAUGAUGACGAUCAGGAUAGCCAGCUUUUGUGUUGCCCUGUGGAUUUCCCACCACCUUGUGCUGCAACAUUGAUCCGCUGCCUUUUCUGCGAGAACAAAGGGAUCAGGAUUGUGCACCCGGCUUCAGAGACAUUCCAUGGGCUCGAGUUGGAGUUUGACAAGAUGGUUCGCAGAGAAGAUCUAUACGAUAAGGAAUUUGAUCCGGAAUUAGAAGAGCAAUUCUACACCAACCGUCGCAUGCUUGAAAAUAGUGAAUUGAUUUCAGAGUGGGUGGAAGGACUGGACGAGGACUGCAUGUACGUUGACAGCGAUGACUUCAGCGAUGAUUAGUACUCCGUGAUGUGGGGGUUCACCUGUUAUGUAGCAGUUUCUUCUUAUCAGGCUGGAACGAGUGUUUCGAACUUUAGAUCACCAUCUUUCUAUUUUUCUAAAGCAUUCUGCUUAACUGCUAACCGUGUACUAGUCUUGUACUACCCGUUAUGCUACUGCAUUGACAAAUGACAAGUAACUUGGA